AUGUUGGUGGGCUUAAUAUUAUGUAUGAGGCCAAUAUUGCCACAGUUGGCCAGCGGACCCAGCUGGGAGCAGCAGCAGCAGCAGCAGCAGCAGCAGCAGCAGCAGGGGUCGAGGGAACACUCGGCCUCCAGCACCAUCGUGGUCCUGGCCUCCAGCACCAUCGUGGUCCUGGCCUCCAGCACCAUCGUGGUCCUGGCCACCAGCACCAUCGUGGUCCUGGCCACCAGCACCAUCGUGGUCCUGGCCACCAGCACCAUCGUGGUCCUGGCCUCCAGCACCAUCGUGGUCCUGGCCACCAGUACCAUCGUGGUCCUGGCCUCCAGCACCAUCGUGGUCCUGGCCACCAGCACCAUCGUGGUCCUGGCCUCCAGCACCAUCGUGGUCCUGGCCUCCAGCACCAUCGUGGUCCUGGCCACCAGCACCAUCGUGGUCCUGGCCUCCAGCACCAUCGUGGUCCUGGCCUCCAGCACCAUCGUGGUCCUGGCCACCAGCACCAUCGUGGUCCUGGCCACCAGCACCAUCGUGGUCCUGGCCACCAGCACCAUCGUGGUCCUGGCCACCAGCACCAUCGUGGUCCUGGCCUCCAGCACCAUCGUGGUCCUGGCCACCAGCACCAUCGUGGUCCUGGCCACCAGCACCAUCGUGGUCCUGGCCUCCAGCACCAUCGUGGUCCUGGCCACCAGCACCAUCGUGGUCCUGGCCUCCAGCACCAUCGUGGUCCUGGCCUCCAGCACCAUCGUGGUCCUGGCCACCAGCACCAUCGUGGUCCUGGCCACCAGCACCAUCGUGGUCCUGGCCUCCAGCACCAUCGUGGUCCUGGCCUCCAGCACCAUCGUGGUCCUGGCCACCAGCACCAUCGUGGUCCUGGCCACCAGCACCAUCGUGGUCCUGGCCACCAGCACCAUCGUGGUCCUGGCCACCAGCACCAUCGUGGUCCUGGCCUCCAGCACCAUCGUGGUCCUGGCCUCCAGCACCAUCGUGGUCCUGGCCACCAGCACCAUCGUGGUCCUGGCCACCAGCACCAUCGUGGUCCUGGCCACCAGCACCAUCGUGGUCCUGGCCUCCAGCACCAUCGUGGUCCUGGCCUCCAGCACCAUCGUGGUCCUGGCCACCAGCACCAUCGUGGUCCUGGCCUCCAGCACCAUCGUGGUCCUGGCCACCAGCACCAUCGUGGUCCUGGCCUCCAGCACCAUCGUGGUCCUGGCCUCCAGCACCAUCGUGGUCCUGGCCUCCAGCACCAUCGUGGUCCUGGCCUCCAGCACCAUCGUGGUCCUGGCCUCCAGCACCAUCGUGGUCCUGGCCUCCAGCACCAUCGUGGUCCUGGCCUCCAGCACCAUCGUGGUCCUGGCCUCCAGCACCAUCGUGGUCCUGGCCUCCAGCACCAUCGUGGUCCUGGCCUCCAGCACCAUCGUGGUCCUGGCCUCCAGCACCAUCGUGGUCCUGGCCACCAGCACCAUCGUGGUCCUGGCCUCCAGCACCUCACUACGUCACCGACCACUCACUGUGAGGCUCACUACCAUCUGGAACCUGUCCCCUCAACACCUUGAUGCUGGUGACCCCCGGCCAUCCCACCUUAUGAUGGCUCUUUGGAGCAGGCACCAUGCCUUAUCAGUCAUCGGCGCCAAUAGUCAUAAACCUGCACUGAGGGGUAGAGCACUCAGUAGGGCUAAAAGCCGAGGGUUAAGUAUGCCAGAGGAGAAUGGUCCUUACAGCACAGUAUAA